AUGGGUGUAAUGGUGACGUUGACGCUCAUUGGCGUUUUGGUACGCCUGUUUCGCCUUUCCAAUCCUAGUCAGGUCGUAUUCGACGAAGUCCAUUUCGGAGGGUUCGCGAGCAAAUACAUCAGCGGAAAGUUCUUCAUGGACGUCCACCCACCACUGGGCAAGCUGUUGAUUGCUGCGAGUGGAGUCAUGGCUGGCUUCGAUGGCUCCUUUGAUUUCAAGGAGAUCGGCAUGGACUACAUCGCACCGAGAGUGCCGUACGUCUCGAUGCGAUUACUUCCGGGGAUUAUGGGAGUUCUUAUGGUUCCCAUGGCAUAUGCAACAAUGCGCAACUUAUCCGUAUCUCACCCUAUCGCGGUUAUGACUGCGCUACUGGUGGUGUUCGAGAACGCGCUGACUUGCCAGUCGCGGUUGAUUCUGCUGGACUCUAUCCUGUUGUUCUUCACCGCUUGGGCGGUGCAAGCUUGGACCGACUUCCAGGCGUCCAUGUCGAUCAGUCCGUUCAGUCUGAGAUGGUGGACAUCACUGUUCUUAACCGGGCUAGGGAUAGGUCUUGCGGCGAGUGUCAAGUGGGUCGGUCUGUUCGUGAUUGCAUGGGUUGGCUUUUCCACCGUCUACUAUCUCUGGGAGCUACUAGCUGACCUGACCGUGACCCCCACGCAAUACGCAAAGCGCUUCUCAGCUCUCGCUCUAUGCCUAAUAGCCGUCCCCAUCGCCGUCUACCUCCUCAUCUUCCAACUCCACUUCCUCGCCCUCCCCAACACCGGCUCCGGCGCGGGCUUCAUGUCCCCCGAAUUCCAAUCCACCCUCCGCGGCACCGAAAUCAAAGAAACCUACGAGGAAAUCGGGCUCGGCGCCACGGUGCUUAUCAGACACGAAGGCACGUCGGGGGGUUACAUCCACUCCCACCCGGCAAAGUAUCCCACCGGAUCGAAACAGCAGCAGGUUACGCUGUACCCUUAUGGAGACGAGAAUAGUUGGUUCAAGGUGGAACCUGCGUUGGAAUAUGAUAAUGGGACGGCGUUUGCGCCGGAUGUCAAGACGUUUGAGAGGGUUAAGCAUGGGGACAGCGUGAGGUUGUUGCAUGUUAAGACGGGGAUGAGGAUGCAUAGUCAUGAUCAUCGCCCGCCCGUCACGGACACUGAAGGACAGCAAGAAGUCUCCGCAUAUGGCGCUGUGGGGUUCAUUGGGGACUCCAACGACCACUGGCGGGUGGAAGUUCUCGGGGCUGAAAAGAUGGAGCAGCCAGUGUAUCUUAAAGCCCUUACCCAUAAGUUUAGGCUUAUUCACGUCAACACCGGAUGUGCGCUGUUUUCACACAAGGUCAAACUUCCAGAGUGGGCAUACGGCCAACAAGAAGUAACAUGCGCCAAAAACGGCAAAAAGUCCUUCACAACCUGGCGCAUCGAAUCCAACACCAACGACCUGCAACCCCCCACCUCCCUCAAAACGCGGUACCAAGCCCCCGGCUUCUUCGCCAAAUUCGUCGAAGCCCACCGCAUGAUGUGGAAGAUCAAUUCCGGUCUGGACGCGUCGCACCCGUUCCAGUCGAGGCCAGAUUCGUGGCCGGGGAUGAAGAGGGGGAUCAGUUUUUGGACGGCGAAGGAUGGGGGGAGUGCGCAGAUGCAUUUGGUGGGGAAUCCGGUUGUGUGGUCGCUUGCGGGUGCGGCGCUGGUGGGGUUUUUGGUGUUGCAGGCGGUGGAGGUUGUUUCGGAGAAGAGGCAGUGGAGGAGGUUUGCUGGUAUGUACUUCAUUUCAGAAGCCACAGGCCCAGGAACAGCCCUCAUCUUCACAGGCUGGCUUCUCCACUACCUCCCCUUCUUCCUCAUGACCCGCCAGCUCUUCCUCCACCACUACCUCCCCUCCCUCUACUUUUCCAUCCUCCUCUUCGGCACCUUCACCGAGGGCCUCACAACCGCCUUCUCCACCCUCCUCGCCUCCCGCUGGAAUGCCCUCGUCACCACCUGGCCCGGUCAAUACCGCCUUCCCCUCUGGUUCCGCAACUGGGCUCGUGGCCAACAAUCCCUCCCACCGAAAACACCGACACAUAAGAUCCGGAAACGCACCGCUAGCGAGGAGGGACUGCAUCACCGCCCGUACGAGCCUGUCCCUGUACAGCAACCGCCGGUCAUCACCCCACCAACGGAACUGAGCGCGCGCAUCGCGUCGGACCCGCGGGUGCUCGCCCUUAAAUGCGUCGUGGCCCUGGCGGUGGUGGUUGUCACAAUCGCCGUGUUUGUGGCGUUUAGUCCCCUGACGUAUGGGCUGCCGAUGUCGAAGGAGAGGUGUGAGGGGUUGAAGUGGAGGACGGAGUGGAAUUGGGGGUGUAAGGAUGUUUGA